CAAUAAUUUCAAUGAUUAAAAUAUGUUAAACCCAAACCCCUCUGUUAACCUUAUGUCUAACCGUAAACUUACAUUUUUAAUUUAUUUUUUACUUUAAUUAAUGUUUCCGAUAUAGAUGUGGUAACUAGUGGAAACGGUACUACUUCCGGAAAAUCUUUGCGACACCUUGUCAUAUUCAAACAUGGCUUCGUCUAGAUUAGAAAUCAAUUUUAUCCGAUUAUUGUCCCGCUGCGAAUCUAUAGCUUCAGAGAAGCGAGUGGAAACGGAAUGGAGGUUGGAAAAGUAUGUUGGUGCUCUUGAAGAGAUGUUGGUGGCUUUGAAGAAAAGUCCAAGCAAACCUACAGUAGAGGUGAUGACAGACUACACACGGAAGGUGGACUUCUUGAAAGGACUUCUAGAAGCAGAGAAACUGUCGGGGACAGAGAAAGCCCUGGCCAAUCAGUUCCUAGCUCCUGGACGCACCCCCACCAUAGCCAAUGAGAGGAUGCCGGCCAGUAAGACAGUUCACAUGCAGACCAAAGCCCGGUGCACAGGGGAGAUGAGGAACGAGCUGUUAGGCACUGGUCUGUCGAACAAAGGAAACUUGGAAACAGACUUGAGAAACAGAAGGGGUUUGGUUCUGGAUGAACGGCAGUCAGCAGCCGAGCUGGAUGCAGUGUUGCAGCACCAUCACAACCUACAGGAAAAGUUGGCUGAAGACAUGCUGAACCUGGCGCGCAACCUGAAGAACAACACGCUGGUGGCCCAGAACAUUAUCAAACAGGACAACCAGACCCUGACCCAGUCUAUGCGUCAGGCAGACACCAACUUCGAGAAACUGAAGGUUGAGUCGGAGCGUUUGGAACAGCACACCAAGAAGUCGGUCAACUGGACCCUGUGGCUGAUGCUCAUCCUGGUCUCCUUCACUUUCAUCAGUAUGAUCCUCUUCAUCAGGAUCUUCCCCAAGCUCAGAUGAUGAUGAUGAUGAUGCACACCUACUGGACAUACCUAGAGCAUAGAAGAAUAACUGCUGCGCUGCUUGUACAUAUUCACAUGUAGGCCUAGGUGUAUGCGUACCUCCAACCGGGUUAGAAGUUGCCCAGUAAGCACAGAUCUUCCAUCACCUCAUCCUUCAACCAGCUUCUCCAAUCCUAUUUGAUGGAAUGAAAUGUACAAUUGACCUUAGAUCACUGUCUAGGGGGUAACUUCCUCCUGCUCCUUUAUGGGUAACCAAUAUGCACACAAAUAUAGCUAGCGAUAGAUAUAUAUAUAUAUAUAUAUAGAGAGAUAUUUAUUUAGAGUGAGGGACAGUGAGAUGGGCCUAGUCUUAUCAGAUGGAGAUUGGAUGUGACUAAGAGCCUUCAUCUCAAUCCAGGGAGGUCUGUAUGGCAGCAGUACACAGUAGCAUGGCCCAGUCUGUACCGCGUAGAUUAAGUUACCAUUGGUUGACAGCAAACAAUAUCAGUAAUCUCAUUGGUCAUCUGUAUGUUUGUAACAAGUGGAGAUUUAAGGCAUUCUGUCCUAUAUAAGGAAGUAAGAUGUUCUAAUUUUGUCUGAUUUGAUUAAUUAACCACUUAACAAAGGUCUUUGGUCCUAAAAAAAAAAUCCCUUGCAUCAAUGCUUUUUUUUUCGUUGUUAAUUUUCUAUCUAUUAAGUGUGAAUCUGGCCAUUGUUGAUGUGCAUGAAUAGGUGACAGUGAUUGAUUCAUUAUGGUGACCUGAUUGAGAAUAUGAUUGGCCCUUAGGAAGGAGGCGUGUUUACUUCCCAACCCAUUUCUUCCUCCUUUAUCGCUGUGGUCUGUGUUGAACUGUGUGAUUAAAUGUUUUUAACUGGA